UAGUAGACGCGUCGUCUACAUUAGUAUUUAUAGCGUAUAUAGAGUGUAUAUAGAGUGUAUUGUUUGUGCUAAGCCAUUAUUGAAAUACUCUUUAUCGGCGAAUUUAUAAAGAACCUAUAAAAAUAGUUGAGAAGUGUCGUUACAAGAUCUAGUUUACCUCCCAGGUUUUCUGUAUGGCUUUUAAACAUGUUGUAAUAGGAGGGGGUAGCGGUUUUAUUGGUAAGCGUCUCGCUAAAACGUUGAUUGCGGAUGGCUAUGAAGUAACCACCAUAUCGCGAAUGCCAGCAAUCAAGCGUAUGACUUGGCAUGAUCUAGAGAAGGAUGGUUUGCCGGAGGGAACAUCCGCUGUAGUCAAUCUGGCCGGUCAGAAUGUUCUUGAUCCAACACGCCGAUGGACACCCGGCUUCAAGCAGAAUGUUUGGAAUUCUCGAAUCAAUACAACAGCAGCGUGUGCCAAGGCAAUCGAAAAGGCAACGAUCAAACCGCGAGUUUUUGUCAGUAUUUCCGGCGUCAGUCAUUACGAAACCGGUCCGCAAACUAACACGGAAGAAUCGAAAACUGUCGAAGUGGAUUUUAUGUCGCGGUUGUGCCACGAAUGGGAAAAAGCGGCAAAUUUGUCGGAAAAUUCUAUUUGUCGAACGGUAAAAGUGCGCUGCGGAGUGGUAAUCGGGCGGGAAGGCGGUAUGAUUCAAUCGCUGAUUUUGCCAUUCUGGUUGGGACUUGGCGGUCCGAUAGGGAAUGGCAGUCAUGACCUACCGUGGAUCCAUGUUGACGAUCUCUGCAACCUAAUAAAAUUUGCAAUUGAAAAACAGGAAGCCAGCGGAAUACUUAAUGCAGUAGCACCGGAUUUGAUUACAAAUAAAGAUUUUACCAAGGCUUUCGCCUCGGCACUUUUUAGACCAGCAAUUUUUCCGUUGCCCGAGUUUGUGCUUGAUUUGAUAUUCAGCCCAGAGCGUUCGGUUCUGUUAACAAAAGGAUCCAAAGUUGCUCCAAAGCGUGCACAACAACUUGGUUUCCAAUACCGGUACCCAGACAUCCGAUCUGCAUGCAAGGAUGUUGCCAGAUUUUUUCAGUAAAGCUUUAAACUUUCACGUUACGAGAUCAUCCAUUAUUUCACAAUCAACAAAAAUAGAAAUCGGUUAAAAAAAUGUUAGA